AUAGGGGAAGGGAGCCGCAGGAAAGGGGAAGGGAGAAGAAGAGGAAGGCGGCGCGGUGGGUGUCACUGCCACCGCCGCCGCCGCUGUUGGCAAGGGAUGGAGGAGAUCCGAGAGGGAAGGAGAGCGCCGGUGAAGAGAGGAGCCCGCGCCAUCCUCGCGAAAUGCCAUUGCCGCCGCACCAUCGAGAGUCGCGAGGAGAGGAAGGCGUCGCCAUUCCGUGUGGCCGCGCCAACGUUGCCGUCAGGGUCUUCUUCACCGCCGUCCUUGCUCGUUGUUUCCCUUGGAGUCAUUGCCAUCGACCCUUGCCCCUGUCGCCGCCGCGAGUCGCUAACAGGGAUCGGAGCUGAGGGAGAGGACAGUGUAAGGAGGGGGAGUUGUUGCUGCCGAAGACGCAAGCUGAAGGAGCUGCCUUCAGCCGCCGUCGUUGCGCCAGUCGCCGUCGUGUGCCGUCACUACUGCGUGUGCCACUGCCGCCACCUCUGGUCUGUCACCGUUGAGCAGAUCCACGAAGAGAGAGAGAGAACCUGGGAAGAGGCCGCUGCCGGAGGAGAAACCAAUCUCGCCGCCGUGCCUGGCCGCCAGAAAAUUCUGCCGUUACCGUCGCCGGAGAUCUGGUCGCCGCCGCCACUCGAGGUGGUUGCCGGGGCUGCCGGCAAAACGGUUCAGCUAUCAUCGCUAUUUCAUUUUCUUAGUUUGGUUGGGUCCUGAUGAUUGCGUGUCGCAUAAGUGUUGCUGUGACUGUUGUGCCGUUCCUUUUCUUUCUGAAUUAGUAUCCGAGCUUAUAUACGUGGCGUUGAGGCUGUUUCUGCUGUUGA